CCAAAUCCUCCCUCCCUCCCUCCCUCCCUCCCUCAUUCCUCUGCUCUCCCCUCCCCCUCGCUCUGCCUCCAGUUGCUCCCAAAACGAAGGAAUAGAGUCUGCUUCGAUCGGCACCCGUGAUCGUAUCUCCUCGAUUCUUCGCCGCCUGCUCGUUCGGUUGCCGCCCUUCUUUUGAUUGCUCCAGUCAGUCAGGCUUGAGUUGAGAUGGAUCGUUCUUCUAGAUGUGAAACCUUUGGAAUCCGAUUCUGCUUUUUUUCCGUCUGAUCGGAUUAUCCACUAAAUUCAACUCCCCAGAGAUAUAGAUUCCGAUAUUCGGUCCCCUCCCCCCUCCCCUUGUUUUUAUCAUUCUUUGACCGAAAUCUAAUCUCGGGUUCAAUUUGCUUUACCUGCUUGUAGUUUUGGCUUCGGCUUACAUUUGAUUUGAAUAUUUCUUUCGCAACCCGAGCGAUCCAUCUCAAACUUCCUUUGAUUGAGAAAUUGCGAGCGAGUGCGGGCGGUUAUACGGAACUAAUGGCGGCGGCAAAGAACACCGGGAUUUCGAACAAGGGUGUCGAUCAAAAACUGGAGACGGGCGCGGGCCAAGAUUGGGAGCGAAACAGAGCGCAGGGCCUUGAUUUCAGCUCGGAAACCCAACCGUGGAGGCUUCCGGUAUUUAGUGAAGCUUCCUCGUCGAACAGGCCUCUCAAGAAGCUCCGAAGCCCCGAGAGGCAACGAGAACCUGUCCAUUCCUUUCCUUUCCCGCCACAUCAUUCCUCUGCUCCUAUGGUUUCUUCCCAGUCGGCCGGUCCGGUUCUGCCUUCUUCGAGAUUGAUCUUUCCUUUCGCAGUCGAUGGAUCUCAACAGCACGUGCAGUACCAGUACCCCCACCAAUUUAGGUCGGCUCCGGUUCAGCCUGCCCAGCCAAACCAGCAGCACAUGAUCUCUUUCGGCUCCCAACAGCAGCAGCAGCAGCAGCAAAUGAAUGUUAACUACAUGCCGUACCCGACGGGCAAUCUACAGCAGCAGCAGCAGCUUCUGCAGUACUAUAGUGAAGCGCUAAACCUUAGCCCGAGGGGGAGGAUGAUGAUGAUGAACCGGUUCAGCAGGCCACAGGGUCCACUGCAGCCCAUCAACACGACCAAGCUGUAUCGGGGGGUGAGGCAGCGGCAUUGGGGGAAAUGGGUGGCCGAGAUUCGUCUUCCCCGGAACAGGACCCGCCUCUGGCUCGGGACCUUUGACACAGCUGAAGACGCGGCCAUGGCUUAUGACCGCGAGGCCUUCAAGCUAAGGGGGGAGAACGCGAGGCUCAAUUUCCCCGAGCUCUUCCUCAAUAAAGACAGGCCAGAGGCAGAGUCCUCUGUUCCAAGCUCUUCCACAUCCCCUCCCCCGGCACCGGCUGAGAAUACGAUUGCGAAUUCGCCGGAGGAAGAUCCCUCGGAACUCCCUGUGCAACCAACAGACGGCAAUCCGGAUGGUACAGAGUCGGGAGUGACCGAGUGUGAGCUGACGGCAGCAAUAGGAGAUUCCGGAGGAGUCUCCUCGGGUUCUCAGGAGAUGGUAUGGGGGGAAGAGAUGGCGGAGGCUUGGUUCAACUCAAUUCCGGCAGGGUGGGGGCCAGGGAGCCCCGUGUGGGACGACCUCGACACCACCAACAACAUUCUCCUACAGUCUCGCCUCCCGUUCAGCGGCUUGAAUCAGCAGGAGUUCCUGGACACCGACUUUCAGGGUGACAACUCAGCCCCGGCCUCGGCCUCGGCCUCGUCCUCAUCCUCAUCUUCCUGUCCCAUGAGGCCAUUCUUCUGAAGGACCAAGAUUAGAACUUCAGCCUCCCAAGAUCAUCCCUACUCUCUCUCUCUCUCACUCACUCACUCACACAUACACAGAAUCUCACAGUAGUUCCAUCAGACAUCUUCACUGGUUGAAACAUUUUUUUUUUGCAGAAAACCAACCUGUGAUUUUCAAACCUCGUCCACGUCUCUUCCACUCCUUUUCCAUUGGGAUAUUUCACUCACUUUCACCACAUGGGUUGCUCAUUUUCCACAAAGCAACAUGUGACCUCAGGGUUGUCUCAUCAUUUUAGGCUUUCAUUCACCAUCCACUUUGGCUUUUCCUUUGGCUACACUGUCACUUAGGUUGUCUUGUCUUCUUUUCUAGUUCUUGCUCUUCCAUCAUCUGCAUAGAGGCUGCGUAUUUCAAGCCUUUUCAGCAUGAUUUGGUUCACCUUUGUUGUUAUCACUACUUACUUAGUUGACAUGAUGUAGUUUGUAUAUGAUUUUGUUGUUGGGACCAGAGCAGUCUGUACGCGGAGACGGUUUUGUGAUCUCCCUUUCGAUCGGUCCGCCACGAGCUGUAUUUUUUGGGCUGUGGCGGAUGCAAGGGUUGUACUCUAUUAUGUAAUGUUUUGCGUCCCAUUCUGUUAGUGCUAGCAAUAUAUGGAUCCAUUUGAGAAUGUUCAA